GUUAGCCAACCUCUCCAUUCGAACUCUCCCUGUCUCUCGCCAUGGAUCCACUGCACAAGACCCAGAUCAACGCUUCUGCGCUCUUUAAGUUUUAGGGAAGGGAUGUAAAAGAUCGUAGAGAUUGCGACCACUGAGCGAUUGGCUGGCAGCAGUGGUGGAUGAGUGAGAAUUGAGCAGCAGUGGGAAUGGAUUUCUGGAGGCAGAGGGGGAGGAAGAUGACAACCGUGGUGGUGGUGGCCAUGGAAGAAUACAAUGA